AUAGUCAUUGAAAACAAGAACAGGCUAAAGAAUCCAAAGCUGAAGAACAGUAACCAAAAUAGAAAUGAACUCUCUGAUGCUAUUUUCUGAUAGGAUUUCUGAGACCAUGCUAUAUUAAACAUGGAGUAACUUCCUAAUUCCAUUACAUAAUUACUAAUCUUGCUAGACAAUGUCAUCAAGGAGAGGAAGUGGAAGAUCAAUGUUGGAGGCCUCUAACAAAGCAAUUUAUCGCAGAAUGGUAAACUUACCGCGUAAUAUUUUAGGAGGAUUCUCAAGAGUAAUGAACCAAGGAAUUGAUCUUGUGGGGAAUAUUGGAGGAAGAAGAAACCAAAAUCCACCAUUGAACUUUCCUCCUGUGCAAUAUCAGCCUCAGCCUUUAAUGAUUCAAGAAGAGUGGGCUUUCUUGUCUAACUAUGAACAACAAUUUGGGACAGUCCAUCCCUUCUUCUAUGCCUGUCGGUUCAUUGAGGCUCUGAAAAUAGCUCAAGAUGAGCACAAGUUCCUUUUUAUGUACCUUCACUCACCUGAUCACCCCUUCACACCAUCUUUCUGUAAGGAGACCUUGUGUUCUGAAGUAGUAGUGCAGUUCCUGGAUGCAAAUUUUGUUUCUUGGGGUGGACUUGUUGAUAGAGGAGAAGGUUUGCAUAUGGCUAACACGCUUCGCCCUGCUAGCUUUCCAUUUUGCGCUAUUGUUGCUCCAGCUCCCGGUGAUAACUUAGCUGUGCUGCAACAGAUAGAAGGGCCAGUUUCCCCAGCUGAACUAGUGGAGAUUCUACAAAGAACAAUGGAAGAGCAAGGAUCUGCCUUUGGUGAUGCAGCAAAGGCCAGAGAAGAAGAAGAAAGGAGAAGAGUAGAUCGUCGCAUAAGGGAAGAACAAGACAAUGCAUAUCUUGCAUCCCUGCAAAAGGAUCAGGCUAUGGAAAAUGAAAUGAUGAAUCUGAAGUUGAAAGAUAAAGGCAAGAAACAAGUAGAAGCUUCAAGUAUGGAAAAACAUGAACAAAAUCAUAAACCAAAUCCUAGUAAGAAGAAGAACAGCAAAGCACCAAAGGUCACCACUACGCACAAAGUUACUUCAACUAACGAUAGGGAUGCUCCGUUAACUCAGAUACUAAUAAGAUUUCCAAACGGAGAAAGGAGGGAGAAAAGCUUUUCCUGCACAGAGAAAAUUGGUGCAAUUUAUAGAUACAUUGAUUCAUUAAACAUGGCUGGACUCGGGAGUUACAAGCUGAUAUCGAGCUUUCCUAGGAAAGUAUACGGUGUGGAUCAGAUGCUAACAACACUCAAAGAUGCUGGUCUUCAUCCCAGAGCAAGCCUGUUCUUAGAGCUGCCUUGAUAGUGACUUAAUUUAUUGCAGAUGUGAAGUCAUUAUUAUCGAACGCUUUUUAUGUACACAACCGGAGCAUGUUAUGAACUACCUGUGGUCUUUUAGGCUGUUCAACUGAUGAUGAGAAGAUAAACCACAUGUAAAUUAAGAAUGCAUAUCACAAGCUUAAGAAUUGAAUAACAAAUGAUCCAACUUGGAAGUUUCUUUCAAGUUCCUUACCUUUUUUCAGUUGGGUCAGGUUGGCGGCAUAUGUAUGCUGGGUUAUAACAUAUUGACGGAUAUUCAGUAUUAGAAUUAUAACAUUUUUUUAUAA